GAGAACCAGCGUAGCCGAGGUUCGAGCAGGAGGUUCGCUGGAGAGGUUCACAUCGGAGGUUCGACAGGAGGUUCAGCCAGGAGGAAACGUCUCCCUCGCCCUCUCGAACCCUCGGGCGGUUCAGUCGCGGCCCGAUGGAGCCAGCACAAUACGAGAUCCCCCUGGUGGUGUCGCCGCCGCGGCAGCUCCCUUGGCAGAGGCUGUACCUCACGCCCUCACAUUCCUCGGCCGCCCACGCCCGCGCGCCCUCGCACGCCUUCGAGAACGUGCUUGAACACGCAGGCGCCGAGCAGCAGGGGGUGAGGGACAGCCUCGAGUGGAGGCUCGGCUCCCUCUACGACCACGAGAAGGACCUGUUCAAGGAGGAGCGAGCUGUCCUGCGCAGGAGAUGGCGAGACAAGCGCGAGUGCCGCGAGGGGCAGGCCGUGGAGCAGGCCGCCCGCCUCCUGCACGCCCACCAGACCGCCCACGCAGACCUGCAUGGCGACGACCUCUCAAACCUCGAGACGUCCGUGGCGAGCGGCGGCUGCGGGCCCCGCGUGGUGGCGCUGCGGGUCCGCGACUCGCUGGCCACGUCGCUGCUGUACUCGCCGCGCCCCACGCACACGCUCACGUGGCCCCUAGGCUUCCGGGCGACGCAUGGAAUCCACAUCGGCGCCGUCUUCACCGCCGUGAGCUGCCGGGUGGUGGCGAUGUUUGCCGAAGUGCUUGCGUCCUCGCACAAACGAGACCUUCACGGCUUAAACGAGCUGAAGCCUCUCGUGAAGCGAGAUCGGCUUAGGGACACAAACAAGGGCCCCGAUCACUCCUCUGACAACUUGAUACAGAUCCUGGGCCUGUUAAGGGUAGCGGGCACUGACCCAGGAUCCUACGCAGGACAUGUACCCUGA